GACCAUUACCAAGAUGGCGAAUUAAAUAAAAAAUCACAAACUGAUUAUAAAGAUGGCUUAAUUAGUAAAAAAAAUUAUUGGAUUAAGCAUGCUAGAGACUUGAAUAAUCGCAUAGAUGGCAUAGGAGGUUUCAAGAAAGAUGCACACAAGCUAAUAGUGAUGAAAUUUGAUUUACUAUUGUUGUACAUGAUAGCCUAUGAUUACGAUGAAAAACUGAAACUUAUCAUGAAUAUAUUACCAAGUGAAAGAAAUUGGAAUUCAAUAUAUCAGGAUGUAACCACAUUGAUAAACCAAUUAGAAAAUUAUAACAAAACAAUUGAUGCAUCCAAUAAAUUUAAAAAUUAUAUCAUGAUCUUUAUCGGAAUAUUACUACAGUUGAAAGGAAUUAUACAUAAACGGGUCAAUUCGAUAUUGCAAAAAGUUAUUGAGCUGUAUAUUAAGAAAAAGUCUAAUCAAAAUAAUGAAGUCACUAACGAAUUGAAUAAUAAAAUUAUUGAACUACAACAACAAUUAAUCAAUAACUGGUCAUCAAUUAUAACCAACUUUGCCAAAGCACAAAAUUAUUUAGACUCAUUGCAAAUAUUAAUUAAAUUAUUUCCUAACACUUGGCAGAAAAGAAAAUCAAAGAUUCAACCACCAACAACCAAAUUGAAAAAUAGUUUUGUACCCAAUAAUGAUUCCUAUUAUCUACCGAUUAAUUCAUAUAGUGAUUUGAAUGAAAUAAGCGGAUUCAUGUAUAAUAUUAUUAAAGAGUUUAAUGAAACUUUUAUGACUGAAAAUAGUUAUAAAUUAAUA